AUGUGGUACUCAGGGAGUGAGAGGCAUCAGAAUGGAGUAGGCAUCUUAGUGGAUGAAGAGUUUAGAUGGCAGGUGGUGGAAGUUAUGAGGGUCAGUGAUAGGUUGAUGACAAUUAAGUUGGUUAUUGGGGGGUUUACGCUGCAUGUACGUAGUGUUUAUGUGUCGCAGACGGGCUUGGAUGCGGAGGUGAAAGCGAGAUUUUGGGAGGCUUUAGAUGAGGUGUUGAGAAGCGUGCCUAGCUCGGAGAAUAUUGUCAUAGUACGGGACUUCAAUGGGCACAUUGGGGUUUUACCGGGAGGCUAUGAUGAUGUGCAUGAAAGUUUUGAUUUCGGUGAUAGAAAUGGUGAGGGGGAAGCUUUGUUGGAUUUUGCGAGGGCCUUUGGGCUGGUGGCUUCUGGUGAUGGACUUGAUAAUCAAGAAGAGCAAGAAGAGAAGUGCCGGGGAGGGUUGACCUAG